UCCAUAGUACGACGGAGAGGCUAGUUAACAUAUCCUUCUGUUACUGACGCUGAAGAAAUUAUGGAUUAUUGACCUUGGUCUUUGAAAACAACAUUACAGGUGAAAUGAACAGUGUUGCAGAGAUGUCUAUGUCCCACCUGUAUGGGCGAAGAGGAGAGGAGGAAGAAGAAGGUGUAGAGGUGGAGAGUUUUGAGGUGACAGAUUGGGAUUUGGCAAAUGAGUUCAACCCAGACCGCCGCAGAUUCAGGCAGACCAAAGAUCAGGCCACCUAUGGCAUCUGGGCUGACAGGGACUCGGAUGAAGAUGAGAGACCAAGCUUUGGAGGCAAGAGAUCUAAAGACUACACUGCUCCUGUGAACUUUGUGAGUGCUGGUCUAAAAAAGACUGCAGCUGAGGAGAAACAGCAGCAAAAAGAUGAAGGAGGGUCUGAUGACUCUGAUGAUGAAGCUUCAUCAGCACCACCUCCUCCUCGUGGGGCUGCACCAAGAAAACUUCAAAUGAGCAAUUUCCGCGGAAACCAGUCUCAAAGAUUUGCAGGUGGGAUACAGUCUGGACAAGGCAUCGGUAGCUGGGAGAAGCACACAAAAGGAAUUGGACAAAAACUUUUGCAGAAAAUGGGCUACCAACCAGGAAAAGGCUUGGGUAAAAAUGCUCAAGGUAUUGUAAACCCUAUUGAGGCAAAGGUUCGGAAAGGCAAGGGAGCAGUUGGUGCAUAUGGCAAUGAGCGAACCCAGCAAAGUCUGCAGGAUUUUCCUGUUGUUGACUCAGAUGAAGAGGAGGAAAAGGAGUUUCAGAAGGAGCUGGGACAGUGGCGUAAGGAUACUGCCAGUGCUGGUGCAAAAAAGAAACCCAAGUACUCUUACAGAACUGUAGAUGAGCUAAAGGCUAAAGGAAAAUUGGUGGGACGGAGUACAUCAGCAUCAGCUGGAGAGUUGGCACAAGUCAAAGUAAUUGAUAUGACUGGAAGAGAGCAAAAAGUAUAUUAUAGUUAUAGUCAGAUGUCCAACAAACACAGUGUUCCAGAUGAAGGGCCACCAAGUAUGUCAACUCGGGAUCAGAAGGGAUCUGGCUUUGGUCUCCCUGAGCUGGAGCAUAACCUGCAGCUACUGAUAGACCUUACAGAACAGGACAUAUUACAGUCUGCCAGGCGUCUCCAGCAUGAAAAAGAUGUAGUUGUGUCCCUGAACCAUGAGUCACGAGCAUUACAGACAAGACUGGAUGCAGAGCGAGACUCUAUCCAGAGAAUGGAGGCUGUACUUGCUUUAGUGGAGCGUUUCCCAUCUGGUGAAACAGCACCAGGGGAGGGACCCACCCUGCAGGAGUGUGCCCGGAUAUUUGAGACCUUACAAACUGAUUAUUAUGAAGAAUAUAAAACCAUGGGAUUGGCAGACUUGGCGGUAGCCGUUGUUCAUCCUUUACUUAAAGAGAAACUUCGUUCUUGGGAUCCUCUGAAGGAUAACUCUUAUUGUCUGGAAGACAUUGGGCAGUGGAGAGCAAUUCUUGAAUCUAGAAACCUCCACUCCAGUGCCCCCGAUUCAAACAUGGACCCUUACCACAGGCUGUUGUGGGAGGUGUGGGUCCCAGUGAUGCGGUCCUGUGUGUCAGGCUGGCAACCCCGCAUUGUUGGACCAAUGGUAGACUGUGUUGACAUUUGGGCUGCUCUUCUUCCUCUGUGGAUCUUGGAUCACCUCCUGGAGCAACUGAUUCUACCUCGUUUGCAGCGAGAGGUAGAUACCUGGAACCCUUUAACUGACACGGUUCCCAUCCACUCCUGGAUCCACCCUUGGCUUCCUUUGCUUCAGACACGUCUUGAGCCACUGUACCCGCCCAUCAGAAGCAAACUGUCCAACGCCUUGCAGCGGUGGCAUCCAAGUGAUGCCUCGGCCCGUCUCAUUCUGCAGCCAUGGAAAGAUGUAUUCACACCUGGAGCAUGGGAAGCCUUCAUGGUGAAAAACAUAAUCCCUAAAUUAGCUCUGUGUCUGGAAGAGCUGGUUAUCAACCCUCACCAGCAGCAGAUGGAGCCAUUUCAUUGGGUGAUGGACUGGGAGGGCAUGCUGUCACCAUCGAGCCUCAUGUCCCUGCUGGACAAAAACUUUUUUCCAAAGUGGUUACAGGUCUUGUGUUCAUGGUUGAGCAAUAGUCCUAACUAUGAGGAGAUCACAAAAUGGUACCUAGGUUGGAAGACCAUGUUUAGUGAUGUCUUGUUGGCACAACCGCUUAUUAAAGAGAAAUUUAAUGAAGCCCUGGACAUCAUGAACCGUGCAGUAUCUUCAGGCAUGGGUGGAUAUAUGCAACCUGGUGCAAGGGAGAAUAUUGCAUAUCUCACACAGACGGAGAGACGAAAGGACUUCCAGUAUGAAGCGAUGCAGGAGCGCAGAGAUGCUGAGAGUGUGGCUCACAGGGGUGUCAGCACUGGCGUACCAACUAACUUUAAAGAUCUUAUCCAGACCAAAGCAGAGGAGAACAACAUCGUGUUCAUGCCCCUAGUUGCCAAGCGGCACGAGGGCAAACAGCUGUACACAUUUGGCCGUAUCGUCAUCUACAUAGACAGAGGUGUUGUGUUUGUGCAAGGAGAGAAGACGUGGGUGCCCACAUCUUUGCAGAGUCUUAUAGAUAUGGCCAAGUGAAGAUGGUCUGCUAAGUGUAAAAGAGAUACAUGUUUUGUUUUUAUGCCACUUCGUUCAUAAACUAUUGUGUUUGUACAUUUUUAAAGUCACUGCAACUUUGAAUAAAUAAUACAUUCUUGAA